AUGGAAGCGCCACAACUGCUGCUAGUCGUAGCCAUUGGGCUGGGAUCGGUGCUGCUGUCCCAGGCGGACUGCCCGCUCUCCAGGGCAAUGAUCGAGGGCACCAACAGGAUCUUCACGAACCGCAAUGCCGCUGGACAGUACGAACUGAAGCGCCUGCAGAGGGUCCGCACCAACGAGGUGCUCCACAUGAUCUGCCAGCCCAACGACAUCGUCCAGACGACCUGCCAGCGGACGCACAACAACUUCAGCAGGCCAUUCCCAAUGCGCUGCCAGAGACCACUGGCUGCCACGGCCAUGGCUGUUACGGAUACCUCCUGUCCAGCCACCAUGUACUCCGUGGGCUAUACCAUCGACAAUCGGCGUUUGGAGCUCUAUCGCGCCUGCUACGAUCGCAAUGGAGUGCGGGCCAGGUUCACUACCCACUCCGUGUACCACAAGACCUUCUUCCCUCAACGUCCUUGCGCGGAUUUCUCCAGGGAUGGUGUGCUCAGCGAGGCCGAUACCCAAAGUUUCCUGCCUCGCAACAUUUUCCGUGCAUUCCGCACCAUCUUCGGCAAUAACCAGAGGUAUAUUCCCAAUGAUAGAGACGUGGUCAUCAAUCGUGGACAUCUGACGCCAUCGGGUGACUAUCUCUAUGGCGACCAGAUGUGCGCCACCUUCAAGUAUGUGAAUGUGGCGCCCAUGUUCAAGAGCAUCAACGAUCGGAAUUGGGAGACCAUCGAGAGGUGGAUUCGCACUCGCAUAAGUGCCGGCGGAUCGCUGAGAAUCAAGACCGGGACCAAUGGUGAUCUGUUCCUUGCCGACAAUCGGAAUCGCCAGCGUCGCAUUAUCCUGGGCGCCGGCACCAAGAACAUAAUGCCCCUGUGGCUGUACAAGGUGGUGCGCACCUCCUCGAAUGCGCCGCACAGUGUGUUCAUCACACUGAACAACAUCUUUGCCAGAACUAGACCUCCGGCUCCAGCCUUCUGCACCAGCAUCACCUGCCCCAUGACCCUGGAGAGUGUGGCAGCCGCUGGCUGGACAUACUGCUGCAAUGCCACCACUUUUGCACUUUAA